CCCGCUGUCAAAUCCUCCGCCUCGCUCCUCCCGCCCACUCCACAGCGCCGCCCGCCCGCCCGCCCUGUCCCGUCAACCAACCGCUCCGCCGUCGCAUGACAUCGCCGUCCAGGUAGCCGCCGCUCGUGCCGGUUUCGAUCGAUGGGGAUGCGGGGGCGGCCCCGCCGCGGCUCGAGAGGGAUAACGUCGUCGCCACCACCUGGGUUCGGCCCCGCCGCGGCCGCCGCGCGGCCGUCCUCCGCCCGUUCCGCAGGUACCAACUCUGCUGCUCGUACCGGCAUGCUGUUCAACGUAGAAAUACAACCUGGCUACGCUGAUCCUGAGUCUCUGCGACAUGUUUGGAAUAGAAGUGCUUCCCCUAUGAAAGGCCGGAAGAGGAAAUUCGGUGUUGAUGCAACCAAAGGUGAAUCACCAGGUAUUAAUGCAAGUAACACCGGGGAGCACCUGCGUUCCUGCAGAAAAGGCAAGGGUCCAGGGAAACGUGCCAGGUUGGUAGACAAAGAAGGUGCUACUGGGUUGGGAAGAGUUCAAACACCAACCGGCUUAUACGAAGAUGAAUGUGCUUUCUGCCAAUCAUUUAGAACCAGUGAGCCGGUGCAUGGUCCGCUGGUACUGUAUCACAAUGGAAGGAUUGUGUCCAGUGACGAGGCCGACGCUACUAACGCCAUAUAUGUCCACUUCAAAUGCAUGGUUUGGGCCCCAAAAGUGAAAUCCAACGACGACGGUACUUUUGAGAACGUCGAGAGUGAAAUCGAGCGUGGUUCAAGAUGGGAUUGCAGCAGAUGCAAUCUCCGGGGAGCAGCACUUGGUUGUUAUCGCGCGGGGUGCCCCAAUACUUAUCAUGUCCCAUGUGCAUUCAUGAUACCAGAAUGCCGCUGGGAUGUUGAGAAUCUCCAUGUUUGGUGUCCCAUGCAUGCACCACCUGAUGAGAUGAGCUCACCAACAAUUGAGACUGGCAUUCUUUCCCCCGACCCUCAAAACCAAAGUCCAGCUAACGAAAUUUCUGCCGAUUGCCAAAUGGAAGAUAACCAAAUUAAUCCAUUGCUGGGCAAUGAGAUGAGCUCACCAAUAAUUGGAAGUGACAUUCCUUCCACUGUCCUUCAGAACAGUUGCCCAGCUAAAGAAAUUUCCGUCGAUUGCCAAAUGGAAGAUAAACAAUUUAAUCCACUCGUCACAUCAAAUUCUCCUUUGCCUGGACUAGUGCCUGGUUCCAGCCAAUAUUUAAUUAAAGAAGGAAUAUCUGCCCUUCAUAGAGGGGAAGAUCUACAAGUAGAUCAGCUGAACACCUCAAGUUCUUCCUCGCCUCAGGGCCAAUGUACGGACAAAGAAGGAAUUUCUACCAAUUACCGAGCAGAAGACAAACUAGCAAACCAGUCUAGUACCCCUUUGGAUCAGUGGGUUUUGCUCGGCAUAGCUUUAAGUGCAUCAGAAAAGGAUUCCUUGAAAGAAUUUGCAUCCUUGACCAGUUCAACCUUGGCUCAGGAAUGGGACAAAACUGUGACUCAUGUUAUUGUGGGCAGAAACGCUGGUUCUCGAUGUGGCAGAUCAUAUGAGGUCCAGAUGGCUAUACUGUCUGGGAAAUGGGUUGUCGCAGCCGGAUGGGUUGUGGAUUGCUUGGUGGAAAGGAUUUCAGGUCCAAAGCCUUGCUUGGCAAAGCUGAUUCCAAGCCCGGAAAUUUCUUAUGAGGUGAAAUUCUACGAUGGUGCACGCACAUCAAUUGAUGGACCAGCGAAAGGAAGAGCUGGAGCUGCUGAAGGGGCACGAAAACUGCUCUCAGGACUGCAUUUCUGCUUCAGCGCAUACAUGCACCCAGAAGACAGAGAGGACAUCCAGAAUCUCAUAGCAGCUGGUGGAGGGCAAGUACUGGAGGGAAUCAGCCCAGACGGGUUACGUGAGAAUCUGAAAAGAAAUCCAGCAGAGGUGUACUUCAUCUACCACGGCGGCCCUCCAAGGACGCCCACUUCGGAUUUCGAUCUUGAGGUGCAGGAGUGCAACAAGUACGUGGGAUCGGGAGCGCGGAUGAUCAGACACCUGCAGCUGUUCGAUGCUAUCCUGUGCUACGAUGUACUAUUCCUAAAACCGACCGGUGUCUUCACCAAGAUAUGCAAGUGAAGGGCGUGCUUCGGGUGGUGGCUUUUUGCUCGCGUUACGACAACUCUUUUGGUUUAGCCCCCCACACGAGGUGUGAGGGGGGCUGUUGAAAGUUGACAAAUCACAUACUCUACUCACCCAAUAGGCUACAGGGUGAUGUCGUCGUCGUCGUCGUUGUUGUUUUGGUGCCGGAUUGCUUGUUUACUGGCCCCAUUGGAAGUUGACAAAUCACAUACUCUGCUCACCCAAUAGGCUAUAGGGUGAUGCCGUUGUUGUUGUUUUUGUGCUGGAUUGCUUGUUUACUGGCCUCUUCUAGUGCUUGUGUCAGACGGUUAUUCCGUGAUACUGAAGGUGUCAA